AUGACUCGAUUUAAAUUUAGAAAACAUAGUAAUUCAACAACAACCAACGAAACUUCAUCUUCAAAUUCAUCAAUUAAAUCAAAGAACAAAAGAUUCUCAUUAUAUUCAAAUUCUGUAAAUUCUUCACCAAAAAGAGCCAGCUCCAAAACAAUGCCUUCAAUUUCUGAGCCUUUAAAUAAUGGUUAUCAAGCUCCAAUUUAUAAAAGUAGACCCCCUCCAAAUAUUAAUUUAACUAAUCCCUGGAAUAGAUUUAAAUUAUUUGAUUCUCCUUUUCCGAGAUAUCGUCAUGCUGCUGCUUCAAUUACAAAUGAUAAGAAUGAGAUUUUUAUUAUGGGUGGUUUAAAAGAAGGAAGUGUUUUUGGUGAUACUUGGAAAAUUAUACCACAAGAGGGACAAGAUGGUGAAAUAUUAAAUUACGUCGCUGAAAACAUUGAGAUAGUCAAUAAUAAUAAUCCACCUGCUAGAGUUGGUCAUUCUUCAGUUUUAUGUGGUAAUGCUUUUAUAAUUUAUGGUGGUGAUACUGUUGAAACUGAUGAUCAAGGUUUUCCAGAUAAUAACUUUUAUUUAUUUAAUACUAAUAAUCAUAAAUAUACCAUUCCAAGUCAUAUUUUAAACAAGCCUAAUGGUAGAUAUGGUCAUACAAUUGGUGUAAUAAGUUUAAAUAAUCAAUCUUCAAGAUUAUAUUUAUUUGGUGGUCAAUUAGAAAAUGAUGUUUUUAAUGAUUUAUAUUAUUUUGAAUUAAAUUCUUUUAAAUCUCAAAAUGCUUCAUGGAAUUUAGUUGAACCAAUUAAUAAUUUUAAACCACCACCAUUAACUAAUCAUUCUAUGAGUAUAUACAAGAACAAAAUUUAUAUAUUUGGUGGUGUUUACAACAAUGAUACAGUUUCAAAUGAUUUAUGGUGUUUUGAUUCUGAAUUGGAAAAAUGGCAACAAAUAAAUACUACUGGUGAUUUACCAUUACCAGUUAAUGAACAUUCAAGUUGUAUUAUAAACGAUAAAUUAUAUAUUUAUGGUGGUAAUGAUUUUGCAGGUGUAAUUUAUUCUUCAUUAUAUGUAUUAGAUUUAACUAAUUUACAUUGGACUAAAUUAAAAGAUUCAGCUGAAGAAAACGGUCCUGGUCCAAGAUGUGGUCAUUCAAUGACGUACCUUCCAAAAUAUAAUAAAAUUAUUAUAAUGGGUGGAGAUAAAAAUGAUUAUAUUGAUUCUGAUCCUCAUAAUUUUGAUACUUUUGAAAAUUUUAAUGGAGAUGAACUUGGUACAAUGAUUUAUGAAUUAGAUUUGGGAUUAUUAGAAACAUUUAUAAAACCAAAGAAAUUAGCUGCUUCUGCAAAAACUGAUGAUCGUCAUGCAAGAAGCUCAAGCGCUGGUCCUGAAGAUUAUUUAACUCCACAAGGUUCACCAUCACCUGAAAGAUUUAAAAAUGAUUUUGUUGAUGUUCAAGUACCAUCCGCUAAUGUAUCAAAUUAUGAAACUGAAAAGGAUACAUUAGAAGAUGAUUAUGUUAGAUCAUUAGAUCCUAAAAUAGAAGAUGAACCUGUUUAUCAAUCUAAAGAACCAGUUUUUGAACCAGUUUAUAAUCAACCUGUGGAAGAGGAACCAGAAGUGGAAGAAAAACCAGUUUACGAACCUAUUCACAAUGAAUCAGUUGAAACAGAAAACGCUAAAGUUAAACAAAUUAUAAAUGAACUUAAAAAUGAAUUAACAAAUCUUAGAGCUGCAACUAAGGAAGAAUUACAACGUGCAACUGAAAAAAUUGAAUCACUUGAACAUGAAAAUCAAACACAUCAAAGAAGUAUUGAUUAUCAUCAACAACAACUUAAUGAAAAAGAUUUAUUAAUUAAUGAAUUAAGAGGAACUUUAGAUCCAUCACAAUAUGAUCCAGAAUCACAAAACUCAAAUUUAACAGAAUUAAGUAGAUAUAAAUUGGAAAGGCUUGAAUUGAAUAAUAAAUUAUUAUAUUUAACACAAGAGAAUAAUAAUCUUAAUUUUAAAUUGUCUGAAUUUGAACCAUUUAUGAAUAAUCAAAUUAAUGAUUUAUCAAAUUUCCAAAAUAUAAUUAAAUCACAAGAAGAACAAAUUAGAAAAAUGACAGAAGAAGUAAACCGUCAUGAAUCAGUUAAAAAUGAAUUAGUUGAAUGGAAAAAUAAAUAUUUUAAUCUUGAAAAUGUAUAUAAUUCAAAAUCAUUAACACUUGAAGAACCAAAACAUGAAUUUUCAACACAUUUAGCUGGUUUAGUUUCCGCAUGGCAUGAAAAACCAACUAGAGAAUUAACACAACCUGAUAAUCAAGUAAUUGCUAAAUUACAACAACAAGUUGAUGAUUUAUUAAGAAUUGGGAAAGAAAAUCAAGAAAAUUCAGCUAUAGAAGUUGCUAAUCUUAAAAAGGAAUUGCAAGAUAAAUUAAUAUUACUCAAAAAUGUUGAAGAAAAUUAUAAAGAAAGUUUACAAUCUGUUAAUAAUACAUCAAAAGCAUUGAAAUUAAAUCAAGAUGAAUUAUCAAAUCAACGUAAUUUACUAGAUAAAUUAAUUCAAGAAAAUAAUGAAUUGAAAAUUUAUAAAAAAGCAACUACUAGAUCAAGAGAUGGUACUCCUAUUGUCGAACAUUCUGAAGCACAAGAUGAUUUAGAUGAACAAGUUAUAUCUAAUGCUCAUUAUAAUAUGAAAAUUAAAGAUUUAGAAGCUGAUUUGUAUAUCCUUAAACAAGAAAGAAAUCAAUUAAAAGACACUGUAACAUCAUUACAAAAACAAUUAUAUUUAGCUGAAAAUAAUUAA